GGGAGAUUUCCUAAACUCCGGUUCAGGCUUCCAUGGAGCGGCUUGCGACCGUUCGCGCGCGACUGCAAGAGUGGGAACGCGCUUUUGUACGACUGCACGGGCGACGGGCAGCGAAGGAGGAUGUGGAGGCGGCACCAGAGGAGACCCGGGCGCUCUACCGUGAGUACCGUAACCUAAAGCAGGCAGUGCGUCAGGCUGACGACAGACACCGCGUUCUAGAGCAAUCACUUGCUGAGGCAGCUGAGGAGGCACAGGAGUCAAGCUGCUGGGGUCCCCACCUGAAUCGAGCUGCAAUACAGAAUAAUACACAGUCUGUGCCAAAGCAGAGCCCACUGAGUUCUGUACAAGACUAUGGGAAGAGGCUCAAAGCCAAUCUGAAAAACACACUACAGGCUGGACCAACCGUGAGCCAAAAACUCCAGCCUCAGAAGAGAUCCUUGUCCACAGUUCCCACCCCAAGGCCACCAGGCUCAAGGACUGAAUCCCCCUGUCCAGAUGAAGUUAGUGAUGUACUUCCUCAGGUUCCUGAGCCCCAGCCAAGGCUAGGCCAACUCCAGCAGCUCCGGUCAUCCCUGAGCCUGAGGUUGAGUUCCCUAGAUCCUGGUUGGUUAGAGAGAUGUCAAGACAGAGCUUCAGAUCUUCUAGAGGGUCCGGGUGCUUGUGGGCUUGACCUAAGUACAAAAGAGUCACAGUCUCAGAUGUCAGGCAAGGUGAAUGUCGUUGAUCCUGACAUCAAUUCAGAAGUAUCUUCACAGAACCCACAGGCCCUAACCCAACAGCCAGCCCAAGUUUUGUCAUGGAGCCCCAAAUCCAGCUACAGUAAAGACAGGAAGCGGAAAUGGAAUGAGAAGGGGGAGGGCUUUGCACAAGCCCCACACAGCAGCCAAGCAGGACCCCUGUCUGAGGGAGCUGGGGCUACUGCACAUGGGCAAGACCCUCCAGGAGAACCCACACAAGUGGAUGCACCUCAGCCCCGCAAGUCCUCACUUCAGGCCAGGCCAGAGAGGGCUAAGGGCACAACCCACCUCCAUGUCUCUCCUCGACCAGCUUCCCUAGACAGAGGCAACUAUAUUCGACUCAACAUGAAAAACAAACGCUUUGUACGAGUUGGGGCCAAUCGUGGCAGGCUUCUCCGUAAGCAGGUAUGGAAGCAAAAGUGGAAGAAGAAACAAGCGCAGAUUGGGGCAAGUGGACCCAGGGCCACAGUCAAGGACACUUGUUUCCGGUGCAGGCAGUUUGGUCACUGGGCAUCCCAGUGUUCCCAACCAGGUUCUACCCUGACCAUCCAAGAGGAAAGUGACAGAUAUGACAAACAGUCCAUUUCCACCUUGAAGGAAGCAGCACAGAGGACAGGUACCACUUCCUGUCACCACUCUUGUGAGGAAACAGAAUCUGCUGGGCCAGAGCUACAGGUGCCUCAUUGCCCCACCCCUGUGUUACCUCUCUACCCACCAGGGCCCUUGGGAGAGAUAGCAGAAACCCCUCCUGAGGUAUUCCAGGCCCUAGAGCAGCUAGGGCACCGAGCCUUCCGCCCUGGGCAAGAGCGUGCAGUCAUGCGGAUUCUUUCUGGCAUCUCCACUCUGUUAGUGUUGCCCACGGGUGCUGGAAAGUCUCUGUGCUACCAGCUUCCUGCACUUCUCUAUGCCCAGCGAAGCCCCUGCCUCACACUGGUGGUCUCUCCUCUCCUGUCACUCAUGGAUGACCAGGUGUCUGAUCUGCCUUUAUGUCUGAAGGCAGCCUGCCUCCACUCAGGCAUGACCAAGAAACAACGAGAAUCUGUCUUGAAGAAGGUACAGGCAGCCCGGGUGCAUGUGCUGAUUGUGUCCCCAGAGGCCUUGGUGGAGUGCGGGGCUAGGGGUCCUGCCAACCUCCCCGAGGCCUCUCAGCUGCCUCCAAUUGCCUUCGCCUGCAUUGAUGAGGUCCACUGCCUCUCUCAGUGGUCACAUAACUUCCGGCCCUGCUAUCUACGUGUUUGCAAAGUACUUCGGGAGCAUAUGGGUGUGCGCUGCUUCUUGGGUCUCACAGCCACAGCCACACGAAGCACUGCUCGUGAUGUGGCCCAGCACCUCGGCAUAGCUGAAGACGUUGAACUCAGUGGGUCAGCCAAGAUCCCUGCCAAUCUGCACCUCUCCGUGUCCAUGGAUAGAGACUCAGACCAGGCUCUGGUGACAUUGCUGCAAGGUGACCGUUUUCGUACCCUGGAUUCAAUUCUCAUUUACUGCACUCGAAGAAAGGAUACAGAGCGGGUGGCUGCACUCCUGCGCACCUGCCUGUCCAUGGUGAGAGAUUCAAGGCCGAGAGGUUGUGGCCCCGAGGCUAUAGCUGAAGCAUACCAUGCAGGCAUGUGCAGCCAGGAACGGCGGCGAGUACAGCAGGCCUUCAUGCAGGGCCACCUGCGGAUGGUGGUGGCCACGGUGGCAUUUGGGAUGGGACUGGACCGUCCAGAUGUUCGGGCUGUGCUACACCUGGGACUGCCUCCAAGCUUCGAGAGCUAUGUGCAAGCUAUCGGCCGUGCAGGACGGGAUGGGAAGCCUGCCCAUUGCCACCUGUUCAUGCACCCCCAGGGUGAAGACCUCUGGGAACUGCGCAGACACGCCCACUCUGACAGCACUGACUUCCUGGCGGUGAAGAAGCUGGUGCAGCGUGCGUUCCCACCCUGCACGUGCAGCCAGAGGCCUGUGUCCCAGUCCCCACUUGAAGAAGUCAGAGAGCACAGUGGCCAACAAACACACCCUGUACUGGGGCAGGCCUGCCUGGGCCAUAAGCGGGCACUCCCAGUGCAGUCUACAGUCCAGGCUCUGGACAUGACAGAGGAGGCCAUUGAGACUCUGCUGUGCUAUUUGGAACUACACCCUCGACACUGGUUGGAGCUGCUGCCACGUACCUAUGCCCAUUGCCAUCUGCGUUGCCCUGGGGGCAGUGCCCAGCUGCAAGCUCUGGCCCACAGGUGUCCCCCUUUGGCUGCAUGCUGGGCCAAGUGGCCACCUAAAGACACAAGUCAGGGCAGGAGCGCCUUAGAGUUUGAUGUGGUGGAGCUGGCAGACUCGAUGGGCUGGGAGUUGGCCUCUGUACGGCAGGCUCUUCACCAGCUGAAGUGGGACCCAGAGCCAAAGAAAGGUGCACCACGGAGCACAGGAGUGCUUGUGGAGUUCAGCGAGUUGGCCUUUCACCUGCAUAGUCGUGGGGACCUGACAGAUGAGGAGAGGGACCAGAUCUGUGACUUUCUGUACAGCCGUGUGCAGGCUCGUGAAUACAAGGCCCUGGCCCACCUACACCAAAUGUCCAAGGCCUUUCAAAGUGUGGCCUUUCCCAGUUGUGGACCCUGUUUAGAGCAGUCUGAUGAGGAGCACAGCAAUCAGGUGAAGACCCUGGUCAGCUACUACUUUGAGGAGGAGGAGGAAGAGGAGGAAACAGUGGAUAUUCAGGGUCCAAAUUCUGGGCAGACCCAGCUUCAGGACUGGGAGGACCAAAUUCGACGUGAUAUCUGCCAGCUCCUGUCCCUGAGGCCAGAAGAAAGGUUUUCAGGAAGGGCUGUGGCCCGCAUCUUCCAUGGCAUUGCAAGUCCAUGCUACCCAGCCCAGGUGUAUGGGCUGGACCGGCGCUUCUGGAGAAAGUACCUACACCUGGACUUCCAUGCCUUGAUGCACCUAGCUACUGAAGAGCUCCUGCUGAGAGGCCGAUGACCACCUUCCACGAGAGGGUGCUACAUGAUUGAGGCAUGAGGCAAGCCAGACUAUGGCCACUACCCAGAGGGUGUCAGGCUCACCAAGGGAAUGAUGCAGCCAUUACUGGCUGUCAGGCAAAACUUUCUGGCUGCAGAAAGGAGAUAAGAAGAUCCAAAAUGCAGAAUAAAAAGCAUUCAGUAAUUUUA